AUGUCCAAGAGGCCCCGGACCUUCAAGCUGCGGGCGCUCCACAGCCAGGACAAAUACGGGGUGGCGGGAAAGAACUGCCAGGAAGUGUUGCUGAAAGGAUGUCAGAAAUUCCAGCUUCCUAUUUCUGGCUGCCGCCUGUGUUUGUAUGAAGAUGGCACUGAGCUCACCGAAGGCUACUUCCAGAGCCUCCCCAACAACACCGAACUCAUGCUUCUGACCCCUGGGCAGGCCUGGCAGGGCUGUAACUGGCAGGGUGUAUGGAACCCUUGUGUGCACUGUGCAUGCUGUUUGUUUUUCCUUCUUGGGGCAGAUAUCAGUGACAUCCAUCGCUUUCUCACCAUAUUCUACCAGCCGCAGGCGGACAUCAUUCAAGCAGCUCAGAAACUGCUCUCUGAUGAGCAGGCUCCCUCAAGGCAGAAGCUUCUUGCGGACUUUCUUCACAACAUUAAUGAAAACAUCCAGGCAGAAACCCGAGAGGAGGAUGGGCCGUGGUUUGAAGGAUUGGAGUCUCGGUUCAAGAGUAAGUCUAGCUAUUUGAGGUACAGCUGUGAGAGCCGCAUACGGGGUUAUCUGAAAGAGGUGAAUGCGCAUGCCUCCACCCUCGAUCCCCAGCCUCGAGCAGAAUAUCUGAACAUCAUCGGCCAAAUGUGUGAGAAACUGAAAUCGGUGCGCUAUAAUGGCAGCUACUUUGAUAGGAGAGACAAAGGGAGAGAGCGUCUUUGUACAGCAGAAGGCUGGUUCUCUUGUCAAGGUCCUUUCGAUUUGGAUGCUUGUUUGUCUAAACACUCCAUCAACCCCUAUAGCAAUCGGGAAAGUCGAAUUCUCUUCAGCACAUGGAACCUAGAUCACAAAAUAGAAAAAAAACGCACCAUUGUGCCCACCCUGGCUGAAGCUGUUGCUGAGCAAGACGGGAAAGAAGUAGACUGGGAAUAUUUCUAUAGCCUGCUUUUUACCUCCGAUAAUCUCAAAUUGGUGCAUAUUGCCUGCCAUAAGAAAAGUAGUCAUAACCUCAGCUGCGAUGAAACCAGGAUUUACAAACCCAAGAAGCAGGUUGUCAGAAAACGUGCUGCCCGCAGAUGUCAGUGA